CUAAAAUCUAAAUAAAUCAUGGAUGAAGAAAUAAAUGCAGAAUUAGAAAGAAUUCAACAACAAAUCACUUCAAAUCUACAAGAGAUUGACAAAAACUUUGCAACAUGCAAUCAACUUGUUGCUUCAAAGAUUAUUCCUGAAAUGGAGCGAUUUGCAAUAGCAACAACGAAUAUAUGGGAAAGCAGCAAGGCAUGGAUGUAUUUCUUUAAAACAGUAGAAGAAACAUUCAAUCAAUACAACACGACAAGCACCAAUCGUCCACCGUUUUCACCUCAGGAACGGAACAAGACAAACCCAGAGUGGGAGUUAACCCAAGAGACAAGUGCAAAAGAAGGCAUGUCGUCUUCUUCUAUUGAAUUAUACAGAAGCAAUCGACGCGCACCUUCUGUCAGCACAAUAACAACUAAACAAAUCAUGGAAGGCGCAUCAUAUAAUAACAAUAAUGAUAGCAAUAAUCGUUCAACGCCCAAUUCUGUCAAUAGUCAAGGAGCAUUAGUAGAUGAAUAUGGAAAUCAGAUCGUAUCCCCGCCUCGUACCAGACAGUUUACACCAUUGGUAACAAAUACACCAUUAAGAGAAGCAGUGAGUAUAUUGACAGACUAUGACAUACAACGAACAAGAGAUGACCUAACAGAGAGUUCUGAAGAAGAACCCAGGCCGACAAUACGAAAGGAAGAAGAUAUCUUUGAUCCACUAGACAUGGAUAAGGACGAUCCUGCGACGAGAGAAAAGUUUUAUAAUUUUUUUAGUGGCAGACAAAAGAGAUUGAGAAACAUGAAAGAAGGAGAAGAACUGCCUAGGAUCCGAAAGAUGGCUAAAUCACCUAGCCGUCGAUAUGAUCAUACACCUCGUAGUUUUCAGAGUCCAAUGGAAAAUCUUGUGAGCACUCCUACAGCUGAACGGGUUAUGCUCAACAGAGAGAUAGAUCUACGGCAACAUAAACCAUUAUCUAGUAUAAAUAACGAAGAAGACGAUGAAGAAGAAGAAGUGAGUGCCUAUCAAUUUUCAGACCCUUGGCGGUGAUUUUUUUAUACAAGA